CCUCGGAGCCCGGCGAUGGGGAACACUACCUCGUGCUGCGUGUCGUCCAGCCCCAAGCUGCGGAGGAAUGCACACUCCCGGCUGGAGUCCUACCGGCCCGACGCCGACCUGAGCCGCGAGGACACGGGCUGCAACCUGCAGCAUAUCAGUGACCGGGAGAACAUCGAUGGUGCAGGACAAUGUCCAGAGGACCUGACUGAGGACACGGGAUGCAACCACACAGAUUUGAACAUGGAAUUCAAUCCUUCAGACCAUCCUCGAGCCAGCACAAUAUUUCUCAGUAAAUCUCAGACAGACGUGAGAGAAAAACGCAAGAGUCUCUUCAUUAACCAUCAUCCUCCAGGACAAAUAGCAAGGAAAUACAGCUCCUGCUCCACUAUUUUCCUAGACGAUAGCACAGUCAGUCAACCAAACCUCAAGUAUACAAUUAAAUGUGUAGCUCUCGCAAUUUAUUACCACAUCAAAAACAGGGACCCAGAUGGAAGGACGCUGUUAGAUAUUUUUGAUGAAAACCUUCACCCUCUUUCGAAAUCUGAAGUGCCACCAGAUUAUGACAAACACAACCCAGAGCAGAAGCAGAUUUACCGGUUUGUUCGGACACUGUUCAGUGCUGCUCAGCUGACAGCUGAAUGUGCCAUUGUCACUCUGGUAUACCUUGAAAGACUUCUAACAUAUGCAGAGAUAGAUAUCUGUCCAGCCAACUGGAAACGAAUUGUACUCGGGGCAAUCCUGCUGGCCUCCAAGGUGUGGGAUGACCAGGCUGUGUGGAAUGUGGAUUACUGCCAGAUCCUGAAAGAUAUCACGGUGGAGGACAUGAAUGAGCUAGAGCGACAGUUUCUUGAAUUGCUCCAGUUCAACAUCAAUGUUCCUUCCAGUGUUUAUGCCAAGUAUUAUUUUGAUCUUCGGUCUCUGGCAGAAGCAAAUAACUUGAGCUUUCCGUUGGAGCCCCUGAGCAGGGAGAGGGCUCACAAGCUUGAGGCCAUUUCUCGCCUCUGCGAGGACAAGUAUAAGGACCUGAGGAGACCCACGAGAAAGCGGUCAGCAAGUGCUGACAAUCUGACUCUGCCGAGGUGGUCCCCGGCCAUCAUCUCCUAACUGUGGGCAUCCCCACUGGCGGCUGUACCAUCCCUCAGCUUCUUUAGUUUAAGAAAAGACAGACUUGGGGUGGUUUUGUUUUUGUUUCUUUCCUUUUUUUUUCUUUUUGAUUCAUAGCUCCAUCAGGCUGCUUUGAUGACUGCCUUAGAGCUGUGUGACCCACACGCAGCCAGGCUUCGAGGGAAGCAAAAUUAGUAUUCUGGAAAUCCUGUUUCACACCUUGCCCUGUCGUCAUUAACAGCACUUCCUUCCUGGAGGAAAAAGACUUGAAUCCUGGCGGAGGAAAUAAAGGGAAAAGGAAGUUUUGCAGAGGCAGGAAAAAUGGUUAAAUGACAUGGCCAUUUCUUAAACCCCCAUCUGGUCAGUAGGUGAUUCCAUAGUAAACAGAACAGUAGGCAACACAGUUAGAAGUGCAUUAAAGACAAGAGUGCCACCUUGAUCACCUCCGUCUGGGCCAGUUUGUUCUUGACGACUUCUUGCAUUCCUUCUAGCUGCUUUUUUAGUAUUUGGGGGAUUUUUGUUGGUUUUUAUUCUGUUUUGGUUUUGGCCCCACAGAGCAGAGAAUAUAGUUUGUAUCGUGGCACAGACAUCCAAAUAAAUAGUACUGGUUGUUUCUCUCUGCACUACUCCUGCGAGCUGUCUCCUGAGCUUUCUUCCUCACAAGUAGGACACACUUGUUAUACUUCUCUACCAUUUUAUUUUAUACAGUUUUUCUUCAACACUGACAAAAUUGACUGUAGUACUGAACCAAAAGUAUCCCUUUCCUUCUUUAUUCUUAACCUCCCACCACAUACACACACAAAUCUAGAUAACAUGGGUGCUUGUGCCUUUCCUUCCAAUUUUCAUGCAGUUGUUUUUUAUAAUAUGACCUGAAGUCCUAGUUAUAAAUCAGUCAUACCUUGUGGGCCAAGGAAACAGUGUGUGGUAGGGGCUGUCCUUGGUUGAGAUUUUUUUCCAGAGUGCUAGGUAUUUGCCUGAAGUUACUGAAUAGGAGCAAUUUUUUUGUACUGUCUGCCCAGUUCAUUCCUCUACUUCCACAUCUGUUGUUGCAAGCAAUAUCCUUGUCAAUUUUUAUAUAUUUACUUUAAAUCAAAGUUAGUCUAUUUGUAUAAAUUUUCUAAAAAAUCUAAAAUUAAAAAAUGAGGGUGGGGUGGGUAGUCCAGUGGGAAGAUUAUUGAAGAGCAAAAUGUUACUAUUUACUGAGGUAUUUUUCACAGAAUUAUUGAAUAAAAAAGAAACUUACAUUUUCAUUGUGGGUGCUUAGAGAAGUUAUACAAAAUUCAAACUGUGAAAGUUUAUGCUUCAUUAAUUAUGACCAUACUUUUUUGUUUUCUGACUAUCCCUAAUAUCCUUAUGGACUAGAUAAGAAUCUUUUAUAUCAGAAGGGUUAAUGAUCAAAUAUCAAAGAGUAAAUUUAAUAUUAAGUCUAAGAAUCUGCAUCAAUGAAGCAUAGAAUGCUUUGGAUUUUUGCUAUUUUCUUGGGUCACAAUGACAGGUUCUAACUUGUUUUCCUUUUUCAAGUCUCUAUGAGGCAAAUGCAGCAGAUACUGUGUUUCACCUUCCUUCUAUGUGAGCUCAGAGAACUUUGGAAUCUUAUAUUAUUAGUCUUUAAUACCCUUUGGAAAUGAAAGGAAAUCAGAAAAGUUGAAAUCCCAAGAACACCAAGUUGAAAGUGCUAGUCAGGUUUCGAUGAAAUUUGUGUCAUGUGUAACAUAAUUGGAUCAGAAAUAUUGUCAAGUUCUUUCUGACCUAACUUUCAAAAGCAAGCAAGCAGAAAAGGAAAAGUUAAUUAUUUUUUCCAUUGUAAUUGUGUUGAUAUACUCUGUAUGGGUACCAAAAUCAGCAUCUCUCUUCAAGUAAGACUGGGAUUUAGAACUUUAGAGAUCUUAAAAUUUAGAAAAUAUCAUUUUAUAUUCCCUAUUCUAUAGAGCUUAAAAAGGGACAUAUUUUCUUAGCUGAAUAUGAAUACCUCUCAAGCAUAAAUUAGUUCCUCUCAUGUAAAGUAUCUUAUUUUACUGAUCCAUUUCAGGAAAGUAGUUCUGCCUUAAAAGCAGAAAUCUUAUUUUUAUUCCUUUUAUUUGACUGAUAUUUGAAAAUUGAAUUAUAUAAAUAUUUCAAUGCAUCUACUAUUAUUUUGUGAAGUUUAUUAAACUACUUUAAAAUUGUAUAGUCUAUAUAUUGUAUGUACAAUAGUCUGAUAACUUAAAAUUUAAAGCGAAUCCCAUAAAACAUGGCUCAGUCUUUGCUUAGACUAUUGAAUAUUGUUUUAGCCUUGUGCACUGGACUCUACCUCUGUAUAGGAAAAUUUUCCAUAUUCAUUAAUAAGUAUUGAUCUGUAUUAAUUGGUCAUGUUUCUUGCACUAAGGAUUUUUAAAACUCUGCUGUAAGUGUAGAUUUUACUAUGAAUCACUUGACACAUAGGUAGAUGCUUUAGGUUUGUUUUAUUUUUCUACACGAUAAUGAAGACAACAUUUUGUUCUCUGGUUCUAAGUUUGC